CGAAUUCGUUCAUCACUCAAAUCAUAGAAAGUCUCAAAGGGUAUCCCAUCCGAGUUACGUAGAUAGAGAGACGUUUUCCGUACAAGCGAAUGGGAUUCGAUGCUGUUGGAGUAUGUGGUGGAGAAGCUGUCAACGUAUCUGAGGCAGGAGCUCAAGAUCACUGCAAACCCUCGAGCGCAAGAUAGACAGCCUUUGAAGGAUGUUCUACAAUGGAAGCCUUUGCUGGGCAGUAGAAUGUUGUCCAAAGUCAUGUUGACAGGCUUUAUACCCAAUUGGCUUGAACAGAUGCAUGCGAUGCUCACCAAUCCGAAGAGCAAUAAAGUAGAGGUUGCAGACUGGUAUAGCAAGUGGAAAUCAUACCUUGAAACGAAGCACGUCGACGAAUGUGAGGGCGUGCAGAUCGGCUUUCAAGCAGCUUUACAGAUGAUGGAUGAUGCUCUACGAUCUGAUCGCUUGUCUCUCAAGAUGCCAGAUCUGAAACAGUUGCAGCGUAAAUACGAAGCUGAUUCAACAAUCAAAAAGUCAAGAUCAAAACCAUCCCGCCAAGAAACGAGCACAGCCAGUUUCCGUCAAAUCGUCUUCAUCUUCAUCGCCAUUUUGAGCUCUUUCUUCUAGUUCUUGCUUUGCUUUAGCAUCAGCAGCUGCCAGUGAUACUUGCUGCUCUUCUUCUUCUUCUUUCUCUUUUUGUCGUUUCUGUUUACGCUCUUCUUCAUCCCUUCUUGCUUGUCGUGUGGGAGGAGAUGGAUCCCUUCUUCUGUGAUAGCCAUCUCGUUGAGAAUAACGAUCAUCUCUUCUUACAUGACGAUCUUCAUGACGUGAAGAUGUUGCUUCUCUUCGAUAAUCUCUUUGUGGACUUUUUCGAUCGUACCUCCUUCCAUCUCUUUCUCUUUCAUCCUGAUUGCAUCCACGUCUAGAUGGACUCACGCUUCUGCGAUCUCGUUCUCGAUCCAAGUCACGAUAACUACGUGCAGGUGCACGAUCACCGUAUCUAGAGGACAUUGUUAUAUUAUGGUCAAAUGAGAAUGAUGGUAAACUUUAUUCUUUUGUUAGUUUGCCUCCAC